AUUUUCCUCAUUAGUAAACAUUCAAUUCUACCUUUCCACAGAGUCUAUGCUGCUAUUCCAUAUCCUCACCGGAGGAGAUUCAUUUCUCAUCUAUUUCUUCAAUCUGUCCACUUAGGGUUUAUUAUUCUUCUACUCCAAUCCGAUUUCAAUGGCGUGUUCUUCAAUUCAGUCGAUGAUUUCUUCAAUUUCUUCUUCGUCCUCCUUUUCUCGACCUUCUGUAACCGUUUCUCCUGUCUUUUGUGACAAGUUUUCGCAUCGAAAUGUGAAGACAAUCGGUAAGAGAUUUGAAGUUUGUCGAGCAAUGGUGCAGCAGACUGCGGUUCCCGGAGCUUCUGCUGCUUAUGCUAAGGAAAUGGAGAGGUUAUCUGCGAAAGAAUCGUUGCUUCUCGCGUUCAAAGAUGCUGGAGGGUUUGAGGCGCUAACUGCUGGAAGAACAUCAGAUAUGCAAAAGAUCGACGUGAAUGAGCGAAUAGUUGGUCUUGAGAGGCUUAAUCCAACACCUCGUCCAACAACAUCUCCGUUUUUGGAAGGUCGAUGGAAUUUUGAGUGGAUUGGAUAUGGAAGCCCCGGAUUAUUUGCUGCUCGACUGCUAUCAGAGAGCAUUCCUGCAACAUUAGCGAAUUUGUGCAAGAUGGACUUGAUGAUCAAGGAUGGAUAUGUCAAGAUUACCGCCAACAUGAAAUAUCUAAAUGCGAUAGAAAGUAAUUUCAUUUUAACUACAAAAUUAACAGUGGAGGGCCCACUUAGAAUGAAGGAAGAAUAUACAGAAGGAGUGCUUGAAACCCCAACUAUAGAUGAAGGGUCGAUCCCGCAGCAGCUAAAAGGUGUUUUGGGGCAGGCGGUUAAUACCAUGCAACAACUUCCGGGCCCAGUUAAGGAUGCUGUUUCUACUACUCUUUCUAGUGGUCUCACUAUUCCUUUAAAUGGGGCUUUUGAGAGGGUGUUAAUGAUUUCUUAUCUUGAUGAAGAGAUUCUAAUCAUAAGAGACACAAGUGGGGCACCGGAAGUUCUUACACGGUUGGCCGUGACUCCAUCUCCCAUUGAUGCCAUAGAAGAGUAUGAGAGUUGAUAUAAACAUGUAAGGAUAUUUCAUAUACUUCUUGUACUGCAAAACUAUGAGCAUGAUAAAUCCACGCGACGCACAACCCUUUCUUCCUUAUGGUUGAUUUUGUGAAUCAAAUCAAAUGAAACUGUAAAUUCAUGCAAGUAGUUUGUUGACAUCAUAUGAGAUGACUAAUGGUAAUAAUAAUUUUUUUAUCUGUUUAUUUUUUAAA